GUAGCGGGGCGGGGCGGCGGAGGGGGAGCCGCCCCCCGGCCGCCCCGGCACCCCCGGCAGCUGGACAUCCACCGCACCGCAUCGCAUCGCACCGCACCGCAUCGCAUCGCGGGGAGGCGUCUGCGAGAGGCAGGCGGGGAGGAGUGCCGGGGGAGGCAGGCGGAGGCGGCGCGCCUCGGCUCGGCGGGGCUCGGCUCGGCGGGGCUCGGCUCGGCGGGGCUCGGCUCGGCGGGGCUCGGCGCACCGUGCCGCAAAGAAAGACACCCCCACACCCCCCCCACACCACCCCCCGAGGGAAAGUGGAAGCGUGCCCGCGGCUCCGGGCCACGCCGCCGGGCACCGGCCGAGAGGCGGCUCCCCCCACCCCCCGACCCCCCGGGCCGCCGGGGGCUGCCGAGGCCGUCCCCCCAUGAGGCUGUUUCCAGCUAUGUAAUGUUUUUCGGUCCCAUGAGAUGGAAAUUGAGCAGUGCUUGCUGGAGUCCCUCCCCCUCGGCCAGCGGCAGCGGCUGGUGAAGCGGAUGCGCUGUGACCAAAUAAAGGCAUAUUACGAGAGAGAAAAAGCUUUCCAGAAACGGGAGGGCUACGUGAAAAAACUGAAACAUGGAAAGAAUCAUCGAGUUCAUUUUAACCUUGCUGAUAUGAUACAGGAUGCAAUCAUACGUCAUGAUGAUAAAGAAGUGCUACGGCUCUUGAAGGAUGGUGCCGACCCUCACACGCUUGUUUCCUCAGGAGGCUCCUUGCUCCAUCUGUGUGCCCGCUACGAUAAUGCAUUUGCUGCGGAAAUUCUAAUUGACAGAGGAGUAAAUGUAAAUCAUCAAGAUGAGGAUUUUUGGACAUCAAUGCAUGUAGCCUGUGCGUGUGAUAAUCCUGAUAUUGUCCUGCUACUACUACUAGCGGGAGCAAACGUGCUGCUGCAAGAUGUUAAUGGAAACAUUGCACUUGAUUAUGCCAUUGAAGGGACUGAAACUAGCAGCAUCCUUCUGAUGUACUUGGAAGAAAAUGGCGUAGAGCUGAAUUCGCUGCGCCAAAUGAAGACACAGAGACCCACGGCAAUGCUUACAGAUGUCCGACAGCUCAUAUCAAGUGGAGGAAGUGUGAAUCAAAAGAAUGAUGAAGGAGUUACCCUGCUGCACGUGGCCUGCGCUAAUGGAUACAAGAAUGUUGUAUCUCUGAUACUGGAUCAUGGGGCUGAUCUCAAUGUAGUGGAUAAUCAGUACUGGACACCCCUACAUUUAGCUGCCAAGUAUGGACAGACCAACCUUGUGAAGCUGCUUUUGAUGCACUGGGCAGAUCCCAAUCUUCUUAACUGCAAUAAUGAAAAGCCUUCAGAUGUUGCAGCUUCUGAGUUUAUUGAGGAAAUGCUUGUGAAGGCUGAAAUUGUUUGGGAGGAAAAAAUGAAAGACCCUUUAGCUGUUUCCACUUUAUCGCAAGAAGAGCCAUACGAAGAGAUCAUCCAUGAUCUGCCCACAAUUUCCAACAAACUCAAUCCCCUGGCUUUACCGAUGGCCAAGCAGGACAGUUUGCUGGAGAAAGACACCAUGUUUAAAGACGCAGCUAAAGGCUUAUGCAAGCAGCAAUCUCAAGACAGUGCGUCUGAAAAUGUCACUGUGAGCACUACGGCCAAACUGGAACAGAUCAAGCUAAUGCCUCCAGCUCCAAAUGACGACCUGGCUUCUCUGAGUGAGCUCACAGACAGCAGCCUGCUUUAUGAGAUUCAGAAGCGUUUCAAUAAUAAUCAGAUAUAUACCUACAUUGGUGAUAAACUGCUGCUUGUUAACCCAUUUAAAGAGCUUCCUAUUUAUUCUACCAUGGUCACCCAGCUUUAUUUAAGUAACUCUGGAAAACUGUGUUCCUCACUUCCCCCACAUAUAUUUUCCUGUGCUGAAAGAGCUUACCACGUGCUAUUCCAGGAGCAGCGUCCCCAGUGCUUUAUCCUCAGUGGAGAAAGCGGUUCUGGGAAGACUGAAGCCUGCAAACAGAUAGUGAAGCACCUCACUUGCAGAGCCAGCUCCAGCAGAAAUGCCUUUGAUACAAAGAUAAGACAUGCAAACUGUAUCCUGGAGGCCUUUGGCCAUGCUAAGACACCCUUGAAUGAUUUUUCCAGCUGUUUUAUAAAAUAUUUUGAGUUACAGUUUUGUGAGAAGAAAAAAACAUUAAUUGCAGCUAGGAUUUAUACAUACAUGUUGGAGAAGUCUCGUGUCAUUAUGCAACCUCUCAACCAGAGUAAUUUUCAUGUUUUUUAUUUGAUGAUGGAUGGGUUGUCUGCUGAAGAAAAAUACACCCUGUACCUCAGUAAUCUGUCUGCACACAGGUACCUAAACCAGACUGUACUGGACGAGACAAUGUUAACAGCCAACCCUCAAAACAGGGAGAAAUUAGCCCUACUAAAACAAGCUUUAGGUGCUAUGGGAUUCAAUAGCCUGGAGGUGGAGAACCUGUUUGUAAUUCUCUCAGCAAUUCUGCAUCUUGGAGACAUUCACUUUACAGCUCUGACAGACGCUGAGACAGCAUUCGUGUCAGACCUGCAGCUACUGGAACAAGUGGCAGGGAUGCUGCAGGUUUCACCAGAUGAGCUUGCUUCAGCCUUAACAACGGAUGUUCAGUAUUUUAAAGGAGACAUGAUUGUAAGGAGGCACACUAUAGAAGUUGCAGAAUUUUACCGGGAUCUCUUGGCAAAAUCUCUAUAUGGUCGUUUAUUUAGCUUUUUAGUCAACACGAUGAACUGCUACCUUCAAGAUGAGACUGGCAGUGACCAGGUAUUUGAAAUUGGAAUACUGGAUAUUUUUGGAUUUGAAGAAUUUCAGAAGAAUACUUUUGAACAGCUGUGUGUCAACAUGACCAAUGAGAAGAUACACCAGUACAUCAAUGAAGUGCUUUUCCUACAAGAGCAAGCAGAAUGUGUACAAGAGGGAGUUGCCAUGGAAACGGUGUAUUCUCCUGGUAACCAUACUGCAGCCUUGGAUUUUUUCUUUCAGAAACCAUCAGGCUUUUUGUCAAUGCUGGAUGAAGAAAGCCAAUCUAUUUGGUCAGUGGAACAGAGUCUUUCGAAACGCAUUCAGGCUUACCUGGAUACGUCAGACACAAAUACAGUGUAUUCUUCCACAAAAGAUGGAAAUGGUAACCUUGCCCCAAAGGAUCAGGGCUCCACCUUCACUGUUAUGCAUUAUGCUGGGAGGGUUACUUACGAAAUUGCUGGUGCGAUAGAAAAAAAUAAAGAUUCCCUUUCACAAAAUCUCCUAUUUGUAAUGAAAACCAGCGAAAAUGUAGUCAUCAACCAAUUGUUCCAGUCCAAGCUGACACAAACUGGAUCACUUGUUCCUCCAUACCAUUCCCUUAAAAUCAAAGGGUGUAAGGCAGCUUUGCUGAGUAAAAAACCAUCAGUAGCCUGUGCAAGUGGAGAGACAAAGAAAUAUAUUGAGCUCAGCAAACUCUUGAAAAAGAAAGGAACAUCCUCAUUUCUUCAGAGACUGGAACGAGGGGGCCCAACCACUGUGGCAAUACAGCUCAGGAAAUCACUCACGGAUAUUAUUGGGAAGCUGCAGAACUGCACGCCACAUUCUGUUCAUUGUAUAAAGCCCAAUAACUCCAAGUUGCCAGAUACUUUUGACAAUUUUUAUGUGUCUGCUCAACUGCAGUACAUUGGUGUCCUAGACAUGGUCAAAAUCAUACGACAUGGAUAUCCAAUACGUCUCUCCUUCACAGACUUCUUGUCAAGGUAUAAAGAUUUGGCUGAUACAGCAGCAGGAGAGAAGAAGUUGUCUGCCAAGGAGAGAUGUCGUCUUGUUCUUCAGCAGUGUAAAUUACAAGGCUGGCAGAUAGGAGUCCGAAAAGUGUUUCUUAAAUACUGGCAAGCUGACCAUCUCAACGAUUUGUGCCUUCAGCUUCAGAAGAAAAUUAUAACCUGCCAAAAAGUUGUAAGAGGAUUUCUAGCUCGCCAGCGCUUGCUACAGAAGAUGAGCAUCAAACAGCAAGAGGUCACCUCAAUCAAAAGCUUCUUGCAGAACGCUGAGGAUAUGGGAUUGAAAACAUAUGAUGCCUUGGUCAUUCAAAAUGCUUCUGACAUUGCUCGGGAAAAUGACCGGCUCCGCAAUGAGAUGAAUGCUGCUUACCACAGGGAAAAGUUAGAGGCUAGAAACAGACCAGAAGAAGGUCACAAAAGAGCUGAAGACAAGGGUGGGAAGGUCUCUGAGGACAGCUUUGCCGGCUGCCGAACGCCUAAGCACUUUCAUUCCAGCUCUGUCCCUGUCCCCAUGGCAGUGGACGGCUUGGUACAUUCUGCGGCUGGGUCAUCCAUCAGAUCCCCCUCCCUGCACUCUGUGUUCAGCAUGGAUGACAGCAAUAGCCUGCCAUCACCAAGGAAACAGCCUCCUCCCAAACCAAAAAGGGACCCCAACACACGACUGAGCGCUUCGUACGAGGCUGUUAGUGCUUGCUUGUCGGCAGCUUCUAAGGAAACCGCCAAUGAAGUACUGACCCGUCCAAGGCCACACAGUGAUGACUACAGUACUAUGAAAAAAAUACCUCCCAGGAAACCAAAACGAAGUCCCAAUACGAAGCUUAGUGGCUCUUACGAAGAAAUACCUGGCCAAAAGCCUGGGGAUGUAAAACAGGCAAGCACAGUAGCUAAACAAGGUGGCUAUGACACUGUGACAGUACAGAGAGCAGCUUCUGCUGAUGGACCACAACAUGGUGUGUUGAGUCUCUAUAUGUCACAAGAAGAGGAUGAAAAUGAGCCUGUCUAUAUUGAAAUGGUAGGGAAUGCAAUGAAAAGCAGUUCUGCAGAAGCAGAAAGCCCAGAACAAGGAGAGUCUGUAUAUGAAGAAAUGAAGUAUUUUCUACCAGAAGAAGGAAGCAAUGCUAAUGGAAUAAUGCCAGUAGUGACUGGAUCUCCUCCUCUGCUGUUUGAAAGCAAAAAACGUGUUAAUGCUGAAGAUGGAACGUUGGAUGGAAACAGUCAAGCGGCUUUGAUCUACAAAGACUCAUGUGACAUUCCAGCCCCUUUCCCGAACUUGCUCCCUCACAGGCCACCACUUCUUGUAUUUCCUCCAACCCCUGUCACAUGUUCACCCGCUUCUGAUGAAUCACCUCUAACACCACUAGAAGUAAAAAAGCUUCCUGUCUUGGAAACCAACCUAAAAUACCCUGUGCAGUCAGAAGGCUCAAGUCCAUUAUCACCGCAGUACUCCAAAAGCCAGAAAGGGGAGAAUGAAAGACCAGCAUCUCCAGGCUUGGUUGUGUUCAAUGUUUCCAGCAAAGUGACUCCUCCUUCCACACCACCUCCUCCUCUCCCACCACCCCCUCCUCCUGUACCACCUCCUAUUUCCUACCGGGCUUCCACACAUUUUGCAUUUCCUCCAGAGACUUGUGCUAGUUUUCUGAUUAAUACAGGGAAAACAGGUACAAACUCAGAUCUGUCAAAAGUACCUCAGAGGCCAAAUCCCGCUCAGCUUGGAUGCUCAUCUUCUCCAUUCUCCAAACUGCCUUACUCCCCAAAGGUGGCAAGAGCAGAUCACAGGAAACUGAACUCAAAUUCGUCAUCUUCAUUUCCAUACAGCCCUACAAACUCAAGGUCAUUGACCAGUCCCCUUGAUGAGUUAACUAGCUUGUUCAACUCAGGACGGAGUGUGCUACGAAAAUCUGCAGCAGGACGUAAGAUCAGGGAGCCAGAAGGUGCUGAAACUAAUCUGAACCUGAGGAGCAGGGAAGAUCCAAAUACAUCAGAUAUUGGAGCAGAAACCCAGGAUAGAAAUGCAAAUAACCAUGGAACUCAGUCAUCUAAUCCACUGUCCAGUUCUGUGACUGCUGAAAAUGGAAAUUCAGUAUCAAAUGGUUUGCCUGAGGAGAAUGAAUAUUCAAGACUGUCAGCCAGCACUACAGCAGGCUCAUCGAUUCAAAGACAUAGGGAGAGCCACACUAGUCAGAGGCAAAGAAACCACCAAAAUGGAACAGAUGUUUCUUCUGGUCAUUUCUGCCAUGCUUUUGCUUAGAUAGAAAAUUUUGUCAUGACUAAGAGUCAUUUCUAUUCAGUUACACUCCAGGAAGUGAUCCCAAAGCAUACUGAAGACUCCACAAAUGUUGACGUUGCUUGGCGGGGUCUAAAACCAAAACCUCCUCUAAAAUAAAAAAGUUUUUAGAAGAUAUUACCUCUGUGCACUUCUUUUGUUUUUACAUGAAGCAUUUCUCAGUUCCUUAACCAGUCCAAUUGGCUCUCUUUACCAGACUGUAUUUAUUGCUUCCUCAGUUCUCGAUAGCUCCUAUGAGUGUGUAUGUUUAAAAGAUAGAACAUAAAGACUGUUGAAAUAUGUAAGUUCCUUGGAAUGUCAGCAACAUCAGCAAGAUGAAAAAUAAAGUCAACAAAAGCAAGACUUUGGCAUCUCACACAAAAGCUAAGAGGCCCUGUCGUCUUUUUUUUUUUUUUUUCCACAGAUCCAGAGCUGUAUUUUUUUUAUUUCUUUGGUAAAAAUAUUUUGAAGUUGCUAUUAUCAUUCACUACAAAGUGGGAAGUGGUGUGAGAAAGAUACAGUGGAAUGAAGAAAAGCAGGCCAACUAAAAGACUCCUUGUUUCUUAUGUGGGCAGCAAGAAGCAACAUGGUCUGUCUGUAACGGGAUGAGAUGGACGGCCUGGAGAUAAUGAACAGAUGGGAAGUGAGGGGCAGAUUAAAGACUAGAGUGAUAAUAAGCAUGUGUGUGGGGUGGGAGUGGGGAGUAAAACAGCACCAGAUAAAGGAUGAUUCAGAGAAGUAAGGUUAGAGGAAGAAUAAAAUGACUGAGAGAAGGUAAACAAUAAAAUAGAAUAGGGGAUUUAGAAAGAGGGAAAAAGGAAGAUCCAGAGACAAAAAAAGAAAAAGAGAAAAAAAAAGAUGUGAGAAAAACAACUAAAAGGAAGAUAAGAAAAACAGGAGGGGAAGAACCAAGGACAGAGCACAUGGUGGUGCAGUAAAAACAGAGAGGGACUAAGGAGUAAAACAGUAGAAAGUCUAUGUGAAGUUCCAGAUAUAAUAUUAAUCUUCAUACACAUAUCAAUGUGAUCUUUUAUGUUCCAUAAAACAAAAAUCAUUGUAAUAAUCCACCUACAUUGAUAGGGUGCUUUCUAUGCAAGGAAGUUUGCAACCGUCAUCUCCUGAAGAUUCAGCCACUCAAGAAGAAAGAUUGAA